GCAUUCUUCUGUAUGGUAAUAGCUAUAUAGUAAUCUAUGAUUCCAGUCCGAUGGUUCUGGGUGUUCUUCUGUUUUUUUUUCCCCACUGCGUGGCGAGGGACGAAAGCUUCCAGUCCAGCAGCUUUGCUUCGGUGCCAUGUUUGGCAAAGAUCCGUUCCGUUCCGAGAAAAAAAAAUCCGUUCCGCACUGCGUGGCGUUCAGGGCGUGAAGACCUGGAAAGAAGGGUGGUGAUCUUUUCACGGAACGUGCCACGAAACCAUGGAAACGGCAGGUCGACCGAUCUAUAAGACGUCUCGCCCGAUCUAAGUGACUCCACUUGACUGAAGCAUCAUGGAGACCCACUUGACAGUACGUUUUGGCAGACGCUCAUAUAUUGGAAGGUAUCACGGUAUCACAUUGGACAACAGGGCUUUUGGGGUCAAUUGGGCGUUUCGGAGACUUUUCGGAGACCGGGUCUGAAGAUCGCGCGAGGGUUGUCUUUUUCUCACAGACGCACUAGGUUUUCAAAAGUGUUGGAGUUGAGUGAGGUAGCUUAAUUAAUGGUGGGUUGUUUCAUGCAUGCAAUCGCCCGAGGGCCAUUUCCUCCAGGAUCUUUUUCGCAAUGGAGAUUAUAACACUCUCAGGUGCAACUGUGACCCAGCUUGAUAAGGAGGGAUGGGGCUACAUGGUGGAGAGUGGAAAAACAGUUAGGGAUCUGAAGAAGCUUCUGGCCGGUCGGGUGGGAUACUCAAGAUUCCGACAAAGACUCUUGAGUGGAGACAUGGGCGAGCUUCAGGAUGACCUGCUGCUCAGACAACUACCAAGUGUGCAGUUGGUAGUCCUGGAUUUUUGUAUGCCUGAGGAGACCAUUUGGGAGGAUCUACUCCUUGCGUGUGAGAACAAUCGAGUUGUUGAAGUUACACAGUUGUUGCAGAAACCACUCGAUCCCAAUGGCAGCAGGCAUUGACCCUCCACCGCUACUUGCAGCAGAACGGGGCCACAUGGAAGUGGUACAGUUGUUGCUCGAGGCUGGAGCUGACACGAAUGCGACAGACGAAAAUGGGGCAACCGCCCGUAAAGCUGCAGCUCGCAAUGGCCACUUGGAAGUGGUUCAGUUGUUGUGCUAGACAGUUCGCAUCUUCCAUGGCAGCUGCUGAACCACAGUCAGUUUGGUGGCGAAAGGGGCUUGUUCUCCUUGUCACAAGAAGAAAAACACUGGCAAAUGCCAGAGUUUCGAUCGCGUUGCUCGUCUGGUGCCCCUCAGAGGUGUUUCACUUGUGAAGACGGGCACGGUCGACCGCUCAUGUGGCGAGUUCACACGCGAUCCAUGGCGAUCCCAAAGGCGACUUGGGCGAUCCAUCAUAUAUGCUUUCAAGAGAUAAUAGUCUAUGGAAACUUGACUUGAAGCACCACGUGGUUUCAUGAUUCGAACUAUUAUGCAAACAGGAACAAUCACCCCUCCUUUGUCAAGGUCUAGAAGCUUUGACAUCCAAAGAAUCCUGUGCCUACCUGAGGCAACACAUCACUUCCCCUCAGGCCACCAGACCAGUUUCCACCAGACCUGGGUCUUGUUCUGCCACUCUGCCGCCUCGAGAAAACGCC